AACCGAGUGACGUAGUCAGCCGGGGCUAAACCAUGUGAGCCGGCCGCCAAUAGUGCCGGAUAAACGUCCGCCAAGAUGGCCUCGGCGCGGUACCGACGCUUCUUGAAGCUCUGCGAAGAGUGGCCCGUGGAGGAGACCACGCGCGGCCGUGAUUUGGGAGUCGUGGUGCGGCAGAGAGUGAUGCAAGCCUUCCGCGAGGGAGAGAAUACUCAGAUUGCUGACCCAGUGACUUGCGAUGAAAUUUUUGAAAGUUUAACCAAAAUUCAUACUAAUUAUUAUAAAAAUAAGUAUCCACGUCUGAGAGAUACAAACUUCUCUGGAGUGCCAGUGGAGGAAUGCAAGUUGGUCCUUGCAACAGAACAACUGAAGCAGCUGGAAGAAGGAAAGCUUGGAAAAUUGAAAAGGUUACGUGAAAAAUUCUCCGCCAAGCAUCACAAAGAAGAUUCCAAAUAAUAACUUGGUCUUUAACUGGUUUCAUAAAGCACUGUUUUUGCCAGUAUAGCUAAACCUCGUUACCAGCAAAGGACAAUGGAAAGCUAUUCUGAAAUGAGAUAAACAAGCUCCAUUUGAAUACACUGGUUUAUAAAGACUUAGGAAGUCCAUCUGAAGAACAGGAAAUGAUAUAGUUACAUGCUGUGGGUGUUUACUUAUCUUCAGUAGUGAAUGUCAUCUUGCAACUGAUGUGUUGGAACCUAACAGAACUAUAGUUCAUGUCAAAACAAAACAAAUCUAACAUUGGCAUUCUGUGACAUAAAUGUGUGGCUUUUUACUGUUAA